CAGAAACCAAAGGGAACUCCCCUUCCUUAGAACAUAAUUUUUUUCAAAAACCAAAAAAGAAAAAAAAUGGCCUCUACUUGGCCCCAAACCUUGACAUUUACUCUCCUUCUCGUCGUCGUCGGGAUCAUCCUUGCAUCAACCCCUUCCAAUGCAUCCUCAUCGAGGGGUUACUACGACAACAACUACAGCUACGAACAGCCAUCCUACACCUACAACUACCAGCCCCAAGAAUAUAGCCAACCCCAAGAAUACAGCCAGCCCCAGGAAUACCACUACCCUGUCCAAGAAUACAAGCCCUACUACUCUCCUCCAAGCAGCCCGGCCUACAAGGAUGGAGAAUCAGAACAGCGCUCUUACAGUGGCACCCCUUCUGAUAAGGCCGCCUUCAUGCAAGUCCAUAAUGACGCGAGGUCAGCAGUUGGACUUCCUCCGUUUACUUGGGACGACAGGCUAGCCUCCUUUGCUCAAUCAUGGGCUAACCAGCGUAUCAAUGACUGUCGUUUGGUCCACUCGAAUGGUCCAUAUGGAGAGAAUAUAUUCUGGGGUAGUGGCGGUUAUUCAGCAGCAUUUGGAGUGCAGUCAUGGGUGAAUGAACGUAAGUACUAUGAUCUUUACUCCAACUCCUGUGCUGGUGGCAUGGAUUGUGGCCACUACACUCAAAUCGUCUGGAGGAGCUCCACCCGCAUUGGUUGUGCUAGGGUUACCUGUAAUGAUGGAGGCGUUUUCAUCACUUGCAACUAUGACCCUCCCGGCAACUACAUUGGCACAAAACCAUACUGAUUCAUUGUCAAUUAUCUUAUUGACAUUAAUAAUAUUGUUUUGAUGAUGGUUUCUGUUUUGAGAAAAUGUUAUUGUUGUUUUUUUUUGUUUUUAAGUAAUAGGCUAAAGGGGGGUUCUAACCAUGUCCCAAUAGCUAGCUCCUAAGCAAUUUGUUAACUUAUGUACUUGAUCAGCUCUAGUGAAGCUUUUCAGGUGCAUAUUUCUGUUGGCUGUGUUUUCCUUUCAUUCACAUUAAUUAAUUAACAUCCAUUUGUGUGUUA